CCUCCUCCUCCUCCUCCUCCUCUUCGCCUCCCCCUCCCCCUCCGCCCUCCUCCGCUCGGGGCCAGCGCGGCGGCGGCGGCGGCGGCAGCAGCAGGAGCAGCCCCGGCUGCGGGUCGCGACGGCGGCGGGGCUCCCCCUCCCCCGUGCCGGGGCGCGGCGGAGGGAUGUGGGGCUUUGCAGGAGGAAGGCUUUUCGGCUUCUUCUCGGCCCCGGUGCUGGUGGCAGUGGUGUGCUGCGCCCAGAGCGUGAACGAUCCCGGAAACAUGUCCUUUGUGAAGGAGACGGUGGACAAGCUGUUGAAAGGCUACGACAUCCGCCUGAGACCCGACUUCGGGGGUCCCCCGGUCUGUGUGGGGAUGAACAUCGACAUCGCCAGCAUCGACAUGGUUUCCGAAGUCAACAUGGAUUAUACCUUAACCAUGUACUUUCAACAAUAUUGGAGAGAUAAAAGGCUUGCCUAUUCUGGGAUCCCUCUCAACCUCACUCUUGACAAUCGAGUGGCCGACCAGCUGUGGGUGCCUGACACCUAUUUCUUAAAUGACAAAAAGUCGUUUGUGCAUGGAGUGACAGUGAAAAACCGCAUGAUCCGCCUUCACCCUGAUGGAACGGUGCUGUAUGGGCUCAGAAUUACCACCACAGCAGCCUGCAUGAUGGACCUCAGAAGAUAUCCGCUGGAUGAACAGAACUGCACUUUGGAGAUUGAAAGCUAUGGUUACACCACAGAUGACAUUGAAUUUUACUGGCGUGGUGGGGACAAGGCUGUCACUGGCGUGGAAAGGAUUGAACUCCCACAGUUCUCCAUUGUGGAGCACCGUCUGGUCUCACGGAAUGUCGUCUUCGCCACAGGUGCCUAUCCACGACUCUCACUGAGUUUUCGGUUGAAGAGGAAUAUUGGAUAUUUCAUUCUUCAGACUUACAUGCCCUCUAUACUGAUUACGAUUCUCUCGUGGGUAUCCUUCUGGAUCAAUUAUGAUGCAUCUGCUGCUAGAGUUGCCCUCGGGAUCACGACUGUAUUGACAAUGACAACCAUCAACACGCACCUGCGGGAGACUUUGCCCAAAAUCCCCUACGUCAAAGCCAUUGACAUGUACCUUAUGGGCUGCUUUGUCUUUGUGUUCCUUGCCCUGCUGGAGUAUGCCUUCGUCAACUACAUUUUCUUUGGAAGAGGCCCUCAAAGGCAGAAGAAGCUUGCAGAAAAGACAGCCAAGGCAAAGAAUGACCGUUCCAAGAGUGAAAGCAACAGGGUGGAUGCUCAUGGAAAUAUUCUGUUAACAUCAUUGGAGGUUCACAACGAAAUUACCGAAGUUGCAGGCAGUGAUACCAGGAAUUCAGCAAUAUCCUUUGACAACUCAGGAAUCCAGUACAGGAAACAGAGCAUGCCUAGGGAAGGGCAUGGGCGAUACAUGGGGGACAGAAGCAUCCCACACAAGAAGACCCAUCUACGGAGGAGGUCUUCGCAGCUCAAAAUUAAAAUCCCUGAUCUAACCGAUGUGAAUGCCAUAGACAGAUGGUCCAGGAUCGUAUUUCCGUUCACUUUUUCUCUUUUCAACUUAGUUUACUGGCUGUACUAUGUUAACUGAGUGACUGUACUUGAUUUUUGAAAGACUUCCUUUAACACUGAGUGAAAUAUUACUCUGCCUGUCAAGUUUUUAUACCUGUACACACACAGACACACACACACACACACACACACACACACACAGACACACACAUAUAUACAUACGCAAUUGUAUAUAUAUGUGAACUUUCUCAGCAUAUAUAUAAAAUACACGUGUAUAUGAGGAUGUAUGUGUAUGUGUUCAUACACAGAGGUGUAAGCUCCUAUGUGUAUGUACAUAUGCAUACAUAAAUACAUUUGCAGCUAUGGACAAUUUAACACAGGAUGCAUACUAAAGAAAGUCAUAGUUUUUUUUUUCUUAAUUGAAAGGGACAAGUAUCUAAAUAUUAUGCCUUGAGAAUGAGGACAUAAAACACAGUAUCAUCCCAAAAUGUGUCUUUUAUUAUCAUGUUAGACAUUUUAGUUCAAAAAUCAGAAAGAACUUCUUAGUUCAUCUUUUUGACUCUCAUGCAGUGGUAUUGCUAGUUUAAAAUGAGUCAUACAGUUCAUAUUCUUUCUUUCAGUUUACUAAACAAAGACUUUUUGGCUUUUCUGACGAUUGGGUUUGUUUUUCAUUAUGUGUACUUUUUCUGUACUGGUGUAGCCAAUGAGGUGAGUCGCAGCCUGUGCGCUCCCCUGUUCUCUUAAACAUAGAUACAUCCCACGUUGCUGUCUGAGAGUCUAGUUUUUGAAAACCCAUCAGGAGUGAAUGGCAACUCACUGUAAGUACUAUAAUAUACAGAAUUUGUAUGUCUCUCCUUCGCCUGGAGUGGAUCCAGCUUAGCAUCACGUGGGAACACAGUGGCACGUUUUGGCAGUCACAUUUCCGUCACUGAAAAUGUGCACUCUGUCGCUUAUGGAUCUUUAGGCCUGACAACUUACAGAAAGCAUAGACGUCUCAGGUUAUUUGUUACUCUAAGGAAAAAACCAUCUAGGGCAACCCCCACUCCCUUCCCCCGCAGUUAUGUUGUCAACCAUUCUUACAACAUUGUAUGUUAAUAUAAGAUAUAUUUGCAUAAUAUGCAUACAUCUGUAUAUUUACCAAGAUUUUGUUUCUUAUGCUUGCUCUCAUGGCAGCAUGCGAUGUCAUAUUUUUCUUUAUGUGAUGUAAUUACUUUCUGUUAGCUAGAAAUUAAGACUGAAGCUAAAACACUUCUGAUGUUCAUGUUUGAAAACUAAGAUAUUCCACAUGCCUUUAUUUCUGUAUCUGACAUAUUUCAUAAGCACAUCCAAUGACUCCUAGGCUGCCUAGGAUUCUGCAGGAACACGACCAGUACACAUCACGUAUCACCCAACAAUCCUUGACCGUUCUCGGAUGUAAAGAAGGCAACCUGACAACAAACACGGUUCCUUCUGAGCCACAGCCUCAUCAGUAUUUGGACUUUUUAAAGCUCGUAGAAACAAGACAAGGUGCACCGGUUUCAUAGUCGCAACCUUAACUUACUAUUUAGAUGAGAUCUUUCUAAAGAAAA